UUUAUUACAUUUGCAUUAUGGUUGGCCAUCUGGAGCAGCUCAUGUUUCUGUGUAUUUUUCAUUUUCUUAUCAUAUUUCCAACAGUUUGAUUUCUGUUUUAUUUUCCAGCUGGAUUAAUAAGAUGUCCGUGAGUUCCGGGAACGGGAAGCUGCGUCAGUGGUUGAUCGAGCAGGUGGACACGGGGAAAUAUCCGGGUUUGGUGUGGGAGGACAGAGACCGGACCACAUUCCGCAUCCCCUGGAAACACGCCGGGAAACAAGAUUAUAACAGAGAUGAGGACGCGGCGCUGUUCAAGGCCUGGGCUCUGUUUAAGGGAAAGUAUCGUGAGGGUGUAGAUAAACCCGAUCCACCCACCUGGAAAACCCGUCUCAGGUGCGCACUGAACAAGAGUAGUGACUUUGAAGAGCUUGUGAACCGAAGUCAACUGGACAUUUCAGAACCAUUUAAAGUUUAUAAAGUCAUUCCAGAGGGGAGCAAAAGAGGACCAAAGUUUUAUGAUAAAGCUUCAUUGCCUUCAGGUCACCACAACUACCCAUUAGACCCUUCAUAUGAGGCUCUGCAGGGUCAGGUGUGUAACUUCCUGUCUGCCGGCGACAGGAGCUGGAGGGACUUCCUGUGUGAUCAGAACCCAGUAUCAGAUAUUCACUCAUUCAGUCAAACCCCUCACUGGGACACUGGAUACCAGAUAAGUGGAUCUUUCUACUGCUCCAGUUCACUGGACUCCCCUCCGUCCCCCUUCAUUCUGGACUCAAGCAUGAGAUCAGCAGAGGCCAUGGCACUCUCUGAUGCCCGUCUGCAGGUAACCGUGUUCAGCGGCGAGUGUCUGGUCGCUGACGUCACGGUCAUGAGCGUACAGGGCUGCCGACUGGUGCCAUAUGAUGAUAACUGGCCGUACAGCGGCCCGGAGCUGGUCUCUCUCCCUCAGACAGAGGGAGGAGAGCUGGAAGGUGGCGUUCAGCUCUGGAUGAUGCCCGACGGUCUGUACGCCCGACGCUUCUGCGAGAGCAGAGUCUACUGCGACGUGGCACACGCAAACACCAAACUCUGCAAACUGGAGAGAGAGCAAACCACCAAACUACUGGACACACAGCUGUUCCUAACAGGUUUCCAAUGACAGCUAGACAGUACGCUUUCGUUUAGUGUUGCCCAAUUCUCAGCAUGAGAUUUCGGGGACACUUGAGCAU